GAAACUGUUUGGGACAGGGACACCGGUAAAUAUGUUCACGAACGAAGUUAUGGAUGUUUACCACCUCACGAACCAGGACUUAUGCAGUGUAAAGCGUCCCAAGUACCUCAUACACAAGCCAAAACCAUCGAAUGCUGCGAUUCAGGCGACUGGUGCAAUCGAGACUUGUUGCCCGAACCACCAACACCACGCGUUGUUAUAGAUUCAGGCUUGGAAGGAUUGGACACGCCAGGAGGCGCACCAGUAAUGACGGAAGCAGCCCCUUCAGUCGCUUUACUUGCAGCAUUAGCGGCUUGUUUAUUACUUCUUCUAGCCGGACUCAUAGGAGUUCUGUUGAAAUAUGGCAGAUUUCGAAAACGUGGUGCUUUGCUGGCAGUACGUCGUCAUAAAGAUGAAGAAAAUGGAUGUUUGCCACGAUCGCAAGGUGUUGAUUCAUCGGGCACAUUACAGAAUCUUAUUGAAAAGUCUUCUAGUUCAGGGUCUGGUUUACCAUUAUUAGUACAAAGAACAAUUGCUAAGCAAAUACAAAUGUUUCAUCCAGUUGGCAAAGGAAGAUAUGGCGAGGUUUGGCUAGCGAAAUGGCGAGGAGAACGUGUUGCCGUAAAGGUAUUUAUAACAACUGAAGAAGCAUCUUGGUUCAGAGAAACAGAAAUUUAUCAAACAGUUCUAAUGCGUCAUGAGAAUAUCUUGGGUUUUAUAGCAGCAGAUAUUAAAGGCACUGGUUCUUGGACCCAAAUGCUAUUAAUCACCGAUUACCAUGAGCGAGGUUCUUUGCAUGAUUAUCUUCAACUUAGAGUACUGGAUAUUGCUUCAAUGCUAACAUUAGCAUUGUCGGUUGCAUCUGGUUUGGCACAUUUACAUACUGAAGUGUUUGGUACAAAAGGCAAACCAGCAAUUGCACAUAGAGAUAUUAAAAGUAAGAAUAUAUUGGUCAAGCGGGAUGGUCAAUGUGCACUUGCUGAUUUUGGUUUGGCGGUUCGAUAUGUUAGUGAAUCAGAUAAAAUAGACAUAGGAACAAAUACAAGAGUUGGAACUAGACGUUACAUGUCUCCUGAACUUUUGGACGAAACAUUGAAGACAUCUAACUUUGAUGCUUUCCGAAUGGCAGAUAUGUAUUCUUUAGGUCUGGUAUUCUGGGAAAUUGCUCGACGUUGUGCCACACCUUCUAAAGGAGGGUCAACACUUGUAGCCGAUGACUAUUCUUUGCCCUAUGAAGGAUUUGUUCCUUCUGAUCCUAGUUUUGAAGAUAUGCGCCAAUGUGUAUGCGUCAAUAGGACAAGGCCUGAAAUUCCAAUUAGGUGGUCAAAUUGUGAAACAUUAAGAGCUAUCUCUAAAGUUAUGCAAGAAUGCUGGCACCAUAAUCCAGCAGUACGAUUAACAGCAAUGCGCGUUAAAAAGACAUUAGCUAGAGUUCAAAUAGAUGCUGGUAUUAAAAUUGUAUAAAUCAAUACUAA